AAGCCAAACGAAAACACGUUGACCAAAAUAUAAAAAAUCACUAUAGCAGCAUAGAGCCAUAGUCGAGUCCCUAUAUUGUAUGGUCCGAAACAAAUGGCGAAGAUAGCUGCUGCAGCACACCCUGUCGGAAUCCCCCUUUCUCACCGCCGUCCGACAUGUGCUUCGCCUUCUUACAUUCCUUCUCUUCAUCGUACUCUUCCCAGUUCAUUUCUGUUAGGCCAACUCAGUCACACUCGCCUCAACUCGGUUGUCUCGCCCCGAUUUUUUCGCCACCGCGUUAAUUCCGCUGUCACGGCCUCCGCUUCAUCUGUGCCUCAAGAUCAGACUCUUGCUCCAGCUGAAGGUAUCGAGAAUGUGGUUAUCAUAGGUUCAGGCCCUGCUGGAUAUACUGCUGCUAUUUAUGCAGGUCGAGCCAAUUUGAAGCCUGUAGUGUUUGAAGGAUAUCAAAUAGGAGGUGUCCCCGGGGGUCAAUUGAUGACCACUACAGAAGUAGAGAACUUUCCAGGUUUUCCAGAGGGAAUAACUGGCCCAGACUUGAUGGAUCGGAUGCGGAAUCAAGCUGAACGCUGGGGUGCAGAGUUAUAUCAAGAAGAUGUUGAAUUCCUUGAUGUGAAGACCAGUCCCUUUACAGUACAAAGUAGUGAUCGCAAGGUGAAGUGCCAUAGCAUUAUAUUUGCCACUGGAGCCACGGCAAGGAGGCUAAACUUACCUCGGGAAGAAGAAUUCUGGAGUCGAGGAAUUAGUGCCUGUGCUAUAUGUGAUGGCGCAUCACCACUAUUUAAGGGACAAGUUCUUGCUGUGGUGGGAGGGGGUGAUACAGCCACAGAGGAAGCACUGUACUUGACUAAAUAUGCUCGUCAUGUACAUUUGCUUGUACGCAAGGACCAGUUAAGGGCAUCCAGAGCUAUGCAAGAUAGAGUUUUCAACAAUCCGAAUGUCACGGUGCACUUCAAUACGGAGACUGUGGAUGUUGUUAGCAAUACAAAAGGACAGAUGUCUGGUAUAUUAGUUAGAAAACCAGAUACGGGUGAGGAAUCUGUGCUGGAGGCGAAAGGCUUGUUUUACGGGAUAGGACAUUCACCAAAUAGCCAGUUGUUAGAAGGACAAGUUGAUCUCGACAUAUCAGGCUAUGUAUCAGUUGAGGAGGGUACUGCAAAAACUUCUGUUGAUGGUGUAUUUGCAGCUGGAGAUGUACAGGAUUAUGAAUGGAGGCAAGCCGUUACCGCAGCAGGUUCAGGAUGUAUUGCUGCUUUAUCAGUGGAGAGAUAUCUUGCAAGCAAUAACCUCCUUGUUGAAUUCCACCAGCCAAAAACUGAGGAGGUUAAGAAGGAACUCACGACUAGAGAUGUACAAGAGGGUUUUGACAUCUCAAUUACAAAGCACAGGGGUCAGUAUGCUCUAAGAAAACUGUACCAUGAAAGUCCAAGGCUUAUCUGUGUUCUAUACACAUCACCGACAUGUGGUCCCUGUAGGACCUUGAAGCCAAUUCUUAGCAAGGUGAUAGACGAGUAUGAUGAAAACGUGCAUUUUGUUGAGAUUGAUAUUGAAGAAGAUCAAGAAGUUGCUGAAGCAGCUGGUAUUAUGGGCACGCCAUGCGUGCAAUUUUUCAAGAAUAAGGAAAUGAUCAGGACUGUGUCGGGGGUCAAAAUGAAGAGAGAGUACCGAGAAUUUAUUGAAUCAAAUAAGUGAUUUUUCAUAUAUAUUUGUCCACCUUAGAGAUGGAAUGUCCAAGUCUUUGAUUGGCUGAUGCCAUGAAUUUUUUGCGAUUCGAUUUUGUUACUGUAGAUCGGCUAGUUGAAUAAUGCCUUGUACCUAAACAGCAAUCUCCGUAUUGAGCAAUAACUUCUCAAUCAUAUAUAUUAAAUUUUCUUUUCCUUUUUUUAAAGAGGGAAUACAA